AUGCUCGAAUACGAGUGUCUAGACUCCAACAGUCCCCGCUCUUUCCUCUUCUCUGUUGUCGCCAAUGUCGGCCCCCGUGGCGCCAGCCGCUCCCUGGCCGUGGCCUACCGCCAGGGCAACGACAGGGACGCCUCAGCUUCAUCUCGGACACGCGUGGAGAAUGUCGCGGAGAGGGCGCUCGCGGAGGGCUGGUAUCGUCGGUCUCAGGGGGGCAAUGAGACCGAGAGUACUGAGCGUCCCACCAUUUCAGACACGCCACAGCCCCCUUUCAUCGUGCUUGAUGGCUCCUGGCGGCGGGAGCAGCCGCAAAUACUGCCCGAGCUGCCAAGGCACGAUGACGCGCUCAGCGAGUUCCCCUUUACAACGACAUGCCUUUUGCUGGGGUUGUUGCGCGAUGAUGGAGAUGGAAAUGCCAGUGUCACUCAUAGCAACCGCACGCGCCCCGGCGACAUCCAGCUCCGGCCGCUAUCGACUGCGUUCCGUGGCGACUGCACCGAGUAUGGCCUUGUCGUUCUCGAUAUCUCCGACCUCGACAGCGGCAUCAAGUACGACAUCGUUGGCUUCCCCGUGUGCUACAUGGCCGAGGUUACCUUCUACUGCAAGGAGGGUGGAUGGGAUCUCGUUGAAGACCCCCCGCCUAAGAAGGAGCCUGACAUUGUACUCAUCAGCCCGCGGCCUCGAAUGCCGUUAUCUAUCCUUCAGCCGCUUGUUGUUCCUGCUGCCUUGGACUACUUUUGGUCUUCAAAGUCCACCACCAGCGCCAAAGAUGUGUCGAUCAGAACAGCCUCACGGUUAACCACGUCACACGAGCCGCCGCGAAAUGCGCACAUGGACCGCGCCAUUGAUAAUCUGCUAAUUCUCACACAGGAGCCCGCUGGUCUCCACCUCGACAAAGAGACAAUUGGCAGAUUCCAAAAGCUCGCCGAAUUCCGCGAGCAGCUGCGGCGGCGGCUCGAAGAGGUGCCCGACAGCCUAGGCCCGUCCUCUGAGGCCUCGGGCCACGUUCUCUGGGUUGCGUACGCUGGAAACACGCACCUCAACUGGGUUGCGUUUAGAAACCUCGCGCCCAGCGUGAUUUCUGCCGCCAUUGUAUCCGACGAGCUUCGGGGCGCGUCUGCGCUCAGCCUCUGCGUCGAUAAGUUCAAGCUGGAGGGAGGCGAGGGGGGCCUCGGUGACCUAGUAGUGGCUCUGGCGGAGUCCACGACCCUCAAGCAGCUCUGUUUCGUGCGGGGACCGGACAGGACCAACGACGAUGCCUCUGUUCUUUUCUGCACGCAGCUGCUGUUGCGGGGGAGGUCAUCAGGAGACUUGGGAUCGCUCCGCGACAAAACCAUCUAUCCAACUUACGCCUUUUCGAGAUCCUUGCGCAUCCGCAAAUUUGCAUCGCCCAGGACAACUAGUGUCACUUUCACUUCCUCCGUCGUCCAAGUCUUUCCCGGGGUGCACAUGUUCACGUUUGAGGGUCAUCAACGCGAAGAUGUCGCAGACGCAGACCACCAGAACAGUCACUACUACGACAUGGGCUACACCCUCCUAGACCCCGAGCGCUUUGCCAUCCAAUUCCUAUCAUACCUCCGUUCCAUAGGUUCGGGUUCUGACAAGGCCAUCUUGCGGUUCGCAUACGGGGAGGCCUCCUCGUCGGUCACCACCACCACCACCAACGACAAGUCACCGCUGCCAUCCUUAUCGUCCGGAAAGUUCGCUGUGAGUCCCAUUCCCGCUGAAUUUUUUGGCAACCGCCUCGCAGCAAAUGAUGAGUCAAGAGUCAGAGUCAGAGACAUAGACCCCGGCAGCUGGGUCCUUCUUCUGGACCAAAAAGGCCGCAGUUCAAGUGACGACGACGAUGACUUCCUACGAUACUCUUUUGUCAGAAUUCAUCAAACCUCUGACGAGAUUGCACCCGAGCAACAACAAAAAAGACCCGUCCCCGCCCCUGAUCUCGUCGAGGUAGUAGGCGGCCUAACAGAGUUCCUGCGCGAGACUGUGCCAGGGAUUGAUAUUUCCACGUGGGAGAAACGAGUCGAGGAGGCAGAGAAGGACUUCCGCGCGCGGCGGGCUUCAAUUGAAACGGGGAAACGGUGCAUCGGCAUCGGCGUCAUGGCUGAGAGCAGUGCCCGGGCAUUGCUUGACCAGUUACUGUGA